AUGGAGGAGGAGCUUCGUGUUCGUCUCAAUGAUCAUGCGGUCACAAAGAUUUUCCCCGUCAGACCAAAAUCGACGGCGAAAUCUCUCUCCGGAUCGGAGACUCCCGAUUCCCGAUACUGGUCCUCCUUCAAGCCUCACCCUUUACCCAAUCUCGUCUCCUCCGUCGCCGCCUUCGCCUUCUCCCCGGUCCACCCUCACUCCUUCGUCGUCGCUAACUCCGCCACCGUCUCCCUCUUCUCCUCCCACACGCUCUCCGCCAUCCGCCGAUUCUCGCUCCGAGAUGUCGUCUCCUCCGUUUCUUUCCGUUCCGACGGCGCUCUCUUCGCCGCGUCCGACCUCUCCGGCCUCGUCCAGGUCUUCGACGUCAAGGAGCGAAUGGCUCUCCGUAGCCUCCGGUCUCACAAGGCCCCAGCCCGAUUCGUCAAGUAUCCGUUUCAGGACAAGCUCCACUUGGUAUCCGGAGGCGACGAUUCCGUAGUCAAGUACUGGGACGUCGCCGGAGCAACCGUGAUUUCAGAUCUGUUGGGCCACAAGGACUACGUUCGGUGCGGUGACUGCUCUCCGGUGGACGACUCGAUGUUCAUAACAGGCUCUUACGACCACACGGUGAAGGUGUGGGAUGCGAGAGUCGACAAGUCGAAAUGGGUCGCCGAGAUUAACCACGGCCAUCCGGUGGAGGACGUUGUGUAUCUCCCGUCCGGUGGGAUGAUUGCGACGGCGGGAUUGAACAGCGUGAAAGUUUGGGACUUGAUCGGAGGAGGGAGGUUGGUUUGUUCGAUGGAGAGCCAUAACAAGACUGUGACGUCUCUGUGCGUUGGGAGGAUGGGAUUGGGGGAAGCAGCUGAGAAUCGGCUCGUGAGCGUUGCUUUGGACGGUUACAUGAAAGUGUUUGAUUACGGGAGAGCGAAGGUGACUUACUCCAUGAGGUUUCCAGCUCCGCUUAUGUCGGUGGGGAUCUCUCCGGAUGGUUCGACUCGGGUGAUUGGAGGGUCUAAUGGAAUGUUGUUUGCUGGGAAGAAGAAGGUGAAGAGAGAAGAGAAGGAGAAGAGUUUGGUGAGUGUUUGGAGUGUGAGGAGCGAAGUGGAUGAGAGGAGGAGGAGGGCGUUGAGGCCGUCGAAUUUCAGGUAUUUCCAGAGAGGGCAGACCGAGAAGCCGUCGGAGGAUGAUUUCUUGGUGAAGGGGAAGAAGAGAGUGAAGCUGACGAGGCAUGACAAGCUGUUGAAGAAGUUUAGGCAUAAGGAGGCGCUGGUGUCGGUUUUGGGGGAGAAGAAGCCGGCGAGUGUGGUGGCGGUGAUGGAGGAGUUGGUGGCGAGGAGGAAGCUGGUGAAGUGCGUGGCGAAUAUGGAGGGAGGAGAGCUGGGUUUGCUGCUGAGUUUCUUGCAGAGGUACUCUACGGUGCAGAGGUACUCUGGUUUGUUGAUGGGGUUGACGAAGAAGGUUUUGGAGACGAGAGGUGAUGAUAUUAAGGGGAAAGAGGAGUUUAAGGGCCUUUUGAGGAACUUGAAGAGAGAAGUGAAUCAGGAGAUGAAGAUUCAACACUCUCUUGUGGAGAUUCAAGGUGUUAUGGCUCCUUUGAUGAGAAUUGCUGGGAGAAGAUGA